AUGGCCGAUACAAGUCACCUUGAACUUAUUCCUCCAGGAGAAAGUGGGUGCGGUGUCCAGUUGCCAAACUCCAACGAAAAUCCGCCGAUACAUCAGAGUCUCGUGAACUGCUGGGACGCUCUAUCAAAAUCCAAAUACUGGAUCAAGUCGCGAUUGGUAACCGCAGCAUUCGAAAUCAGACUGCCAAACCCCAAGAUCACACAUCGAUUUUUGCCACCACGUCGCAUUAUCACGACCAGGCUCUCAGGUCUGUUGCAAAUUGAGCGUCGCGGUGAUACAGAUGACCAUCUCCGCCUCGGAAUCAACCUAUCUCAGCAAUUCACAGGCGAGCUCUCCGAGGACCAGAUGGAUAUCCUGAGGGAUACUUGGAAGUGCAUCGUCAGAUGGAUGACCUGCCGCACCGGAAUUGGAUUCACGAAAUGGUGUUUCCUAUGGUCGAGGAACCUGUGCUCUCUUAUGAUGUAUGGAGCUUCAGAAGAGCAGAUAUGGGCAUGGUUUGAAGGAAGGGUGCUCUGCAUGUCGCCUGGAGAAUCUGACUGUCGAUUUGAAAAAGAAUUUUCCGAGAAGAUGUCGAGGAUCAUAAACGAACACGAGAGUUCUGAGGACAAUGAAGGAUUGCUUCAAGCAGUGAGCUCGGAGGUACUCGCAGAAAAACCCCUUUACAACAUUUGGAGUCGUUUUCUGCAGGCUAUCAUGCUUGCUAUCUACUCUAUCGCUACCAGCAAGUUUGAGACUGCCUCGUUCUCUGAAGCUCGCCGUCUCCUUGUUUUGAUCGGGGAGGGGCAUCCCGCCUUACAGCUAUAG